AUGCCUUUCAGGCCAUUUUUCCCGUUCAAUCAGGACCAUCCAGCCUUUCCUGCUGAAUUGCGCACCCAUCAGAAAAACUUCUCGUCAAGGAAUGCGGCAAGAGGGGCUACACCCAUUCUCCAAGAUGAUCGGAUGGAUCAUAGCUUUAUCUUCGAAAAAGGAUGCCGCGAAGCUUUUUCUGGAUUUUUCCGUCACGGAUCAAAGGACUUUUGUCUUGUCGAAAAUAUGAACCCUAAGCUCCUCACGGAGUUGUUUUUCGAGAUCAAACAUAGUUCUCAUCCUUCAGAACAUGCAGAUAUCACAGCUGCAAUACGAGGCAUUCGCGAUUCGACCAAGUUCUUCUUCGUCAGCUGCGACUAUCAUGACCCAGAGCAUAUUAUUGUUCGCACGUAUGCCAAGUUUAGGAACUUCGAUUGGAAUAACCAGUCGCAGAUUGAUAAUCUCAAUCUCUUUCGGAUGGCAGCUAUUGCGGAGGGUUGUGGCGUCUUUGCUUUUUCUGAAGGCGGCAAAAACCUCCCUCCCUCUGAGUGGAAAUCGACGAUUGAGGUAACACCUGAAGAGCAAAGUUCAAAGAAGCUAAAGGUGUCUACUAUUGUAGAGUCUUCAACUAAUGACAUGCAAAGUGAUACCCGCGUCUCAAACAGCUCUGAGGCACAAAGUCAUGUUAUAGCUUCCAUACCUGUGCCUGUGGCAGCGCAAAAUUUGCAAGCACAUCCGUCGGCACCAAAGUUCCAGUUUCGACCAACUGUACCGCCAUUUCAACCAGCUACUUCCAUGUUUCGGGUCAAUGACAGGCAGUCCCAGUUUUAUGCCGGACCACUUGAAAGGAACCGAGUUCGGGGAGCACAGCGCGUUGGGCAAGGGCUGCAGAGUCUUAUACACCCCGGAGGACAUGUGCCGCAACCACCCGUUCAAUCAGAUCGCAGUCAUAAAACAUCACAUCAGUCUAACCAGCGGCAGGUCAGCAACCAAGGCCAAUAUCCAGGAUCUGGAAUGAAGCAACAACAUGGUAAAGUUGCGUCUCCUUAUUAUUCUCAGCAGGAGAAUAUGACCCGAUCUCAAAGACAGGCAUCUGGGAUGCGAAAAUUGGCUAUGUAUCAAGGAAAUAAUACUUUCCAUUCUCUAGGGCUCGGAACGUCAACACAACAGACACAACAAACCUACGGACAUAUGCCCCAAUAUACAACAACACAAAACUACACUCCACCACAGGACCAAAGAUACAAUUUGCAGCAGCAGCAUUAUCAGCAAGGCUUCAACCAGUCUCAUGCCCAAAGUGAUGUGAUGGAUCAGCGGUAUAACCAGAAAAUCCCAUUACAAUUCAAAAAUCAAGUCUGUGGAAUGUAUCAAAAAUAUGGUCAAGGACAACAAAACUUUGAACAGCAUCAACUUCAUGGGCCUUACGCACCUCGCCAACAUGUUCAACGAGAUAACAAUGACUUCCAGAAUCUUGUGAGCCCUCAGCUAAAUGCCCAACAAAACUCUGCCAAUCUCCAGGCCGAAAGAUACUGGAGACCCCAGCAAGCACGGCAAGUUCAAUAUCAGUUUGAGAACCUAACCGCUGCAGACUUUCAACAGUAUGAACAAGACAGUGAUAAUAGCCAAGAUUAA